GCCGGUGGAGGAACAGCGGACCGACCGUCAUGGACAGGACGGCCGUGGUGAAGGUCGGAGCCGCGGCUAGCGCCAGCGUCUGCGCGCUGUUCGGCGGCGUGGUUCUGGCUCAGUACAUCGUCGCCAAGAAGAAGCGAGCGGGCAAGAAAACCAGGAUCAUAGAGAUGAUGCCUCAAUUUGAGAAGUCGACGGUCCAUAUGAGGGACCCCGAGAGGGUGGAGCAGAUCAUCUGUGGUCUCAUCAAGGGAGGGGCCUCCAAACUUCAGAUCAUCACCGACUUCGACAUGACGUUAAGCAAGUUUGCCAUCAACGGCAAACGCUCCCCGACGUGUCACAAUAUCAUCGAUGACUGCAAGCUGGUGACGGAGGAAUGCAGGCAGAAGCUGCUGGAGCUGAAGAAUAAAUAUUAUCCCAUCGAGAUCGACCCUAAUCUCACCAUGGAGGAGAAAUACCCAUUCAUGGUGGAGUGGUAUUUCAAAUCUCACACGCUACUCGUGGAACAGCGGCUAGAGAAAGACAAACUGCCAGAUGUGGUGAAAGAGUCUGACGCUGCACUCAGGGAAGGCUUUGAGCAGUUCUUUGACCGCCUGCACCAGCACAGCGUCCCCGUCUUCAUCUUCUCGGCCGGUCUAGGCGAUGUCCUGGAGGAGAUCAUCCGCCAGGCCGGAGUCUACCACCCCAACGUCAAAGUCGUCUCCAACUUCAUGGACUUCGACGACAACGGAGUCCUGAAGGGUUUCAAAGGCGAGCUGAUCCACGUCUACAACAAGCACGACGGCGCCCUGAGGAACACGGAGUAUUUCAAACAGCUGAGGGAGUACUGCAACAUCAUCCUGAUGGGCGACUCGCUCGGGGACCUCAGCAUGGCCGACGGCGUUCCCAACGUGGAGAACAUCCUCAAGAUCGGCUUCCUUAACGACAAGGUGGAGGAGCGACUGGACAAAUACCUGGACUCUUAUGAUAUCGUCCUGGUGAAGGACGAGACUCUGGAAGUGCCCAAUGCCAUUCUCCAGAAGGUUCUAUAACUCCACCUCCAGGAGUUUACCCCUCCUCCCACCACCACCCACCAAAAUCCACUACUCUCCUCCUCUUGUUAGCCCCUCCCUCCCUCCCUCCCUCCCACCUCCAGCCUUUCAGACUCGUCGUUUGGACUGGACACCAUCAUCUCUCCCCUCCAUUCACUCUGGAUCUCAGUUGGGUCACCUCCACUACUCUGCACCCCUUCUAUCAACCCCCCCCCCCUCUCCUCUCCACCUCCACCCUCUAAAAAGCCUUUUUAAAAGACAUUUUACAUCUCCUGAAUGAACUGUUUUAAAAGUCUGUGCAGCAGCAGCCGAGUCCGUUUCUGGUGUUAUUUUUUUUAUUUUUGUUUUUUGUCUGUUCAAAUCAUUUCUAAAAGUUCUCUUCAAGUCAUUUAUGGAAAAAAAGAAAAGAAAAGAAUAACCAAAAGUGAGAAAUAAAAUAACCCCACGAACUCUCACUCCACCUUUUAAAAAAUAUAUAAUUUGCACAUUAUUGUUAGCAUUGUUAUUCAUAGGAUUAUUUAUGAUGUGGUAAUAUUUGUACACCAUGAAGCCGAUGUUAUCUCUGAAGCUCUCUCAGCACCUCAAACACUCAAAUAGUUUAACUCGUAAAGUUUUGCUAUUUGAGUUUUAAGAGGUUCGAGAUUAUAGAAGCAACUUGAUGCAAAAAAAGGACCUUUAAAAAAAAAAAUGCAAUUCCUUGUGAAAAAUAAAUAAUAAUUAAAAUGUGUUGCUAGGUGACAGCAGCAGUAUGAAGACCACCUGCACAGUAUUUUAUUUAGAGAUUAAAAAAUGGACGUGUAGGGCAGAGGAGGAAAAAAACGCACUUUAAAUUCAGUGUUUUUUUGGGGGGCAGUAUUUGAAUUUAUGGAUGUAUGUACAGGUUCUUGCACAGAAAAGCCAUGUUUACAUUAAGUAGUUUUUUCUUUUUAAACCCCCCCCCCCCCCCCACCAUCAUGCUUAUUUGGCAUCAUAUCAACACCCAGAAGAAGAAGAAGAAGAAGAAGCACUUUAUUCUACAGCGGAAACAUUAAAGGCAUAAUUAUAAAUGUCUUUAUUUUUCUCCUCCUUAUUAAAGCUGAUUCAGUAAUUAAGUGUUUUUCUCCUCGAGACCUGGAGUUUAUGCACAUGGUAAAAAAAAAGAAGCCCCCCAAAACCAAAGUGAGAUAUGAUGCCUUCUUUCUUUUGUACAAUAAAGUGCUGCAGAAACAAAAUUUAAACAUUAAAAAUCUUCAAUAUAGAUUUAGUUUUAAUUCACCUUUUUUCAGUAAAUGUAGAGAAACACACUGCUGUCUGUGGCUCAGUUUAAGUUCAUCACGUUUUUUUGUUCUGUGGUUAAAACUGAGCACUACCUCUAAAAAUAUUCAUCUUUUUUUUUGUUUUGUUCUUUUUUUGGGAGGUGCAAAGCUAAACAAAAAAAAAGACUUUGUGUGUCUCAACAUGUUGUGUUGAAUGUUCUCUAUCUGUGUUUUUAAAUGUGCUGCUAUCACCUGCAUGUUGCCUUUUCUUAUCGUUACGUUUAUGUGAAAAAGAAACGGGAGAUAAAUAUAUAAAAAUAUAUAAAUAUAUAUAUCAAUAAAAAAAUACAAAAAUGAGGGAUAAUGUCAUACUGUACAUGUGGACAUUAUGUGGAAAUGUAUAAAGAAUGUUGUAUUUUUAUGAGCCAGUGACAGUUUUUCUUUUUUUUUUCUUUUGAUGGUGUGAAAUUGAAAAAAAUGCAAUAAAAUGUU